AUAAGUGUUAUAAUGAAGGCGAAAUAUGAUGUAUUUUUAUUAGCUUAUUGUCAAAAUGACUUUGUUGCAGGCUGACGCAAAUCUUUGCUGACAGAAAUGCUGAAAUAAGAUAUGUAUUCCAUACAUUUUUACAAUAUUGGGAAAACAUUAGUAAAACUUAUAAGAAGGUGCGAUAACUCCCGGAAAUUACUAUCUAAGAAUGACUAAAGGUGUAAAUGUGUGUGUCUAAGUCAAAGGAAAUAUCUUCUUCUCAUGGAUUUAUUACAAUCUUGGCAAGCUGGGUAACGUUUGCUGUGGUCUGGAACAACAUGGCACACAACUAUCAGACAUGCAGCCAAUAUUACAUACAGAUAAUGUGUCAUGAGACAUGGAAAAAAAACUAAAUACACCGAGGACAGUGUCAAGGAAAUUAAAUAUAGCUACAAACGAGGCAUAAUGAUGCAAUAUGUACAUACAGCUAGCCUUAAUAGCAUGUUAGCAUGAAUUGAUCAACGUGGACCCCGACUUAAAAAAGUUGAAAAACUUAUUGGGGUGUUACCAUUUAGUGGUCAAUUGUACGGAAUAUGUACUGUACUGUGCUAUCUACUAAUAAAGUUUAGAUCAAUCAAAAAAUUAGCAUAGAUUAGCCUGCAGUCGUGCAGUGACCAAAUAUGCCUGAUUAGUACUCCAACAAGUCGAUAACAUCAACAAAGCUCACCUUUGUGCAUUCACGCAUAGCAUAAAACGUUUGGUGGACAAAACGAGACGAGGAAGGAGUGGCAUGAAACACAUCUUUCUGUGGCAGCGUCAGAGAAAGUUGUUCAUGUGAUCAAACUGUUGAGUCUCAGUGCACACAACGGUGAGUUCAAGGGCCGGUGAAAUGAGUAGGACAAAACGACGCUCGUCAGUGAAGCAUGAAGACAAACAUAUUCAAUAGUGGACUUUAUAACAAUUAGGAAGGUUUGUGUUGUGUUUGUUCUCCUACACAAACAAUAUUACAACAAAAAAAACUAAACAUUUUUCACCCCAUUUUUUUUCCAUUUUCAUACAUUUUCGCAAAAGCCCCAAUGAGCCCCCAGGAGCUGCUCUAGAGCCACCAGGGGCUGCUCUGGAGCCACCAGGGGCUGCUCUGGAGCCACCAGGGGGCGCGCCAGAGCAGCAGGUUGCUGACCCCCACCUUAGUAUGACACAGACACAUCAAACUACAACCAUGCGGGUCAACCCUUGCUGGGGGCCACAACCACUAGGAGGGCCACGUGAUCGUUGUCUGGCCUUUUAUAAAGAUUUGAAGAUAUUUUUUCCGUCAUUUAAACCCAUCAGAUAUGAAUUCAUUGCGGUCAUUAAUGUUCAAAGAAAAUCAAUUUUGUCGUCAAAGUUCAAUAAUAAAAUAGAAUCAAAUUAGGAAUGUUUAAUUAAACUCCCUUGCAAAAAUGCAAAUAAAGAUCAUUUGUGUCGGUAGCAGCAUGGAAGGCUUCACUAGCUGCCUCAACACAGACGUCAUAACAACAUCAAAGCUCCACUUUAAUGUAUUCACAUGCAGGACUGGCAGGCUUAGGUGAUGAAAGAAAGGUAAACAAUGCAGGACUAUUUGUGGCAGCAUCAAACCCACUUAGGUUUAGAGUGACAUCAUUCUGGUGCGUUCAAGGAACCCAGGUUCAAAUUCAAAACGAUGGCGUAACUGUUUUGAAAGAUGAGGAAGGCACCAAUCAUAAAAAUCAUGCAAUAUUUAUCAUUCACUAAUCAGCUCCAGUAUCUGUAAUUGUGCCCCAUCUUUGACUACAAGCGUGAGUGAAGAUUGUACUUCUGACCCCAUAAGACCUUCUACAUUUCAACCAGAAGGAGAUGAUACACUAUUACACAGGUGGGUACCCAGUGGUUGUUUGAGCACAUUGCAGCUAGUCCUGCAUAUUCACACUCCUUAAUGCUUGAUUGUCAAAUAUGUGAAUGGAGAGGGGAUGUGAGGUUCAUAUUUUGUUAAUAUUCAGUGUUUUAUCCUUCAUAGUUGAUAUUGUGUGGCUUCAUAGCUUAUCAAAGUCCUACUAAAACAUUUUGAUAGAUUUUUGAGCGCCGUGUGUAAUCCAACAUUUUGGUGUUGUUUACUUGAGUCAUAUUUCAGUCUACACACAUCUCUUACGUGUGACUGCCAUCUACUGGUCACACUUAUUUCUCCAUGGACCAAGUAUGUGAAUUCAACAUGUUUUUACUUCAACAUUUCUCCACCGACUUAAAAAAAAAAAAAAACUCCAACACAAUUUCAACUCAUUUAGACCAUUCAAGUUUUUAUUUUACUAUUUUGAAAAAAAUUCCUGCUUUUCCUGAGAUUCCCAAAUGUUUUCUGCAAAGUGCCACAAAGCCCACAUUUUUCUUCUGAUUAAACUUUAAAAUAUUCAGCCUGUUUGGAAAAUGUGUGCUGCUCCACUUCAACAAUUCUAAGAGAACAUUGCAGGAUUUCAGUUGAACCUCAGCAUUGGGGCGUGCAUCCAGGUGGAUGUGGUUCAACACAUCAAAUGAAAGACGGCUCAGCGUAAAAAGUCUGUUGAUGUUUCAUCAUACUGCUGCUUUAAAGCAGAAGUUUCCCUGAUUCUGAACAAUGGACUCUUUGACGACACACUGAGAUCUAUUCAGAUGAAUAUUUGACUCCGUGUUAGGUUGUGGUUCUUUCUUGGUGUUUCUUCCACUAUUCUGUCUACAGGUGACACCCAUUCACCGCCUCGAGUGCCAAUCAACCACUUCCUGUUCCAGCUGCUCCUCAUUUCACCUGUUAACCAGCCAGCCAAUCCUGGUCCACCAUUCAUCCUCCCAUCCUGCUUAAAACCACCUGCUCACCACCUGCUCAGUGUGCAGCCUCAGCCUCGUCAUGGAGGAGGAGACUGGGGGUCAGCCGUCAGUGGCUCUCCAGCUGCCUGUCUCAAGACUUGGACUUGGGCAUGGAUUGUUUUUCCGAUGCAAAAGAAAAUUGGCACGAGCGAGACGUGAAUUAAAAGGCGGAGCCUGCGGCCGUGACGGACACCAUGACCUCCGACCUCAACCUGACCUCCCUGCUGAACGUGAGCGAGCUGCACAACCACUCCCGGGGAUGCUCCCUUACCAAGACGGGCUUCCAGUUCUACUACCUGCCCACGGUCUACAUCCUGGUCUUCAUCACGGGCCUGGUGGGCAACAGCCUGGCCAUCUGGAUGUUCCUGUGCCACAUGCGGCCGUGGAGCGGCAUCUCGGUCUACAUGUUCAACCUGGCGCUGGCCGACUUCUGCUACGUGCUCUCCCUGCCCUUCCUGGUCUUCUACUACUUCAACAAGACGGACUGGGUGUUCGGCGACGUGCCGUGCCGGCUGCAGCGCUUCAUCUUCCACGUCAACCUCUACGGGAGCAUCCUGUUCCUCACCUGCAUCAGCGUGCACCGCUACAGCGGGGUGGUGCACCCGCUCAAGUCCCUGGGCCGGCUGAAGAAGAAGAACGCGGUGGUCACCAGCGCGCUGGUGUGGGCGCUGGUGGUCCUGGCCAUCUCGCCCAUACUCUACUACUCGCGGACCGGCUUGAAGCGCAACGCCACCAUUUGCUACGACACCACCACGGAGGACGAGCUGCCCGGCUACUUCAUCUACAGCAUGACGCUGACCGUCUUCGGCUUCUGCGUGCCCUUCAUCAUCAUCUUCUGCUGCUACGGCAUGAUCGUCAAGGCCCUCGUCUGCAACGACAUGAACAACGCGCCCCUGCGCCAGAAGUCCAUCCACCUGGUCAUCAUCGUCCUGGCCGUCUUCGCCGUCUCCUACCUGCCCUUCCACGUCAUGAAGAACCUCAACAUGCGGGCCAGACUCUACUUCCAGAGCCCGGCCAUGUGCGACUUCAACAACCGGGUCUACGCCACCUACCAGGUCACCCGGGGACUGGCCAGCCUGAACAGCUGCGUGGACCCCGUCCUCUACUUCCUGGCCGGCGACACCUUCAGGAGGAAGUUGUCGCGGGCCGCCAAGAAGCCCUCCCGGAAGGGGGACCAGGCGCCGCAGUCCAAGAGCGAGGAGACGGCGCUCAACAGCCUGGCGGAGCACGUGGAGAACGGCGAGCGGCGGAUGUGAGACUGCGCCCGAGUCAGCUUUUUACCCUCCGGAUCAGGGGUGUCAAACGUGGGUCAGGUUUUACCCGGCCCGUGGGAGGGGUUUGCUAAGUUUAGAGUGUCCGCCCUGAGAUGGGCAGGUCGUGAGUUCCAAGACUAUAAAAAUGGGAGCCAUUACCUCCCUGCUUGACACUCAGCAUCAAGGCUUGGAAUUGGGGGUCAAAUCCCCCAAAAUGAUUACCGGGCGUGGCCACCGCUGCUGCUCACUGCUCCCCUCAGCUCCCAGGGGGCGAGGGUGAUGGGUCAAAAGCAGAGGGUAAUCUCACCAUGAUUUGACCCCAACUUAAACAAGUUGAAAAACCAUUUAGUGGUCAGUUGUAGGGAAUAUGUACUGUACUGUACUAUCUACUACGGCAUGGCAUAGUGGGUAGAGCAGCCGUGCCAGAAACCUGAGGGUUGCAGGUUCGCUUCCCACCUAUUGACAUCCAAAUCGCUGCCGUCGUGUCCUUGGGCAGGACACUUCACCCUUUGCCCCCGGUGCCGCUCACACUGGUGAAUGAAUGGUGAGUGAAUGAUAGGUGGUGGUCGGAGGGGCCGUAGGCGCAAACUGGCAGCCACACUUCCGUCAGUUUACCCCAGGGCAGCUGUGGCUACAGAUGUAGCUUACCACCACCAGGUGUGAAUGAAUGAUGGGUUCCCACUUCUCUGUGAGCGCUUUGAGUAUCUAACAAUAGAAAAGCGCGAUAUAAAUCUAAUCCAUUAUUAUUCAUUAUUAUUAUUAAAGUAAAAAUCAAAGAAAACACACCUAGUGUGUGUGAGACUAUCAGUGGUACUUUAACUUUGACUUUAUAAAAAUGACCAAGGAAUUUUGGAAGGAAAUGAACUGUUGUUCUGAAUGUGUCCACUAGAUGUCGCAAUAGCAAUUCUUUAGAGUUCCAAUGGUUGUCACACACACACACGUCAGGACUUGGACUAUGACUUGGAUUGUUUCUCCAACGCAAAGGGAAAUUGGCACGAGCGAGACGUGAAUGUGAGUACAUAUUUAUUUAUUACUAACACUAACAAACUACAACAAAAGGCAAACAAAUGGCGCGCACAAUGGCGGAGAACAAACUUGACUACUGAAAACACAACUAAACAACUGUGACAUAACUUAACCAAAAACUUACUUGACGUGAACAGGAUGGAAUAAACAGCAUGGCUAGGCAUGAAUCGGGUUGAGGGAUAUGUAAAGUUGCCAGGCUGACUUCCUGGCAACUUCCGGUUUAAAGAAUAGCUAUGAUGAUUGAAAACAGGUGCAUGACAUGGGGAUAGGGGCGUGACAUGAGGGCAAGGUGAAAAUCAAUGAGUUGGCAUGGUAACAAAGAAAACAAGGAAGUGCAGGUACAGGAAACGAGUGUCCAAAAAAUAAAACAAAACCUGAUCCCGUGGGCGUGACAACACACACACACUAGGUGUGGUGGAAUGUGUCCUCUGCAUUUGACCCAUUCCCUUGUUCACCCCCUGGGAGAUGAGGGGAGCAGUGAGCAGCAGUGUGCUCCGCGCUCAGGAAAUAAUUUUGGUGAUUUUACCCCCAAUUCCAACCCUUGACGCCGAAGUACCAAUGGGUCCCAUUUUGGUGUGACUCGGCCGGGGUUUGAACUCACAACCCCCCGGUCUCAGGGCGGACACUCUGACCACGAGGCCACUGAGCAGGUGCAUAUGUACAAAAUAAAGCACAUGAUGUCAGUUGAGGAAAAUGAUCAAACUACAUAAAUAACAUACUGUAAUUCAUACUUGCCAACCCUCACAAUUUUUCCGGGAGACUCCCAAAUUUCAGUGCCCCUCCCGAAAAUCACCCGGGGCAACCAUUUCCCCCAAUUUCUCCCGAUUUCCACCUGGACAACAAUAUUGAGGGCGUGCCAUGAUGGCACUACCUUCAGCAUCCUCUACAACCUGUCCUCACGUCCGCUUUCCCUCCAUGUGGGCCCACUCACAUGUUGCAUGCAGCUUCUGCAGACACACCCUAGUGAAUGCAACGCAUACUUGGUCAACAGUCAUACAUGUCACACUGAGGGUGGCCCUAUAAACAACUUCAUUACAAAUAUGCGCCACACUGUGAAGCCACACCAAACAAGAAUGACAAACAUCCACACCGUAACACAACAUAAACGCAACACAACAGAUACCCAGAAUCCCUUGUAGCACUAACUCUUCCGGGACGCUACAAUAUACACCCCUGCUACCGCCAAACCCCGCCAACCUUAACCCCGCCCCCAACACCUCAACCCCGCCCCCAUCUCCCAAAUUCAGUGGUCUCAAGGUUGGCAAGUAUGCUGUAAUUUGAUUUUGAUAUUAUUAUGUUUUGUCUUGAUAGACUGAAAAUGAACAGCAAUGAGUUGACUGAUGAACAUUAUCACAUCAUUUCAUCAGAAAGUAUAAAUAAGGACAAAUAAAGAUAGAAUACUAUUAACUGCAACAUGUAAGUGUUAAAAAAACAAACAACAACAUUAUGAUUUGUACAUUUUCACAAAGUGCUUCUAUUUUUAAACACAAUCUGAAGACAACUUCAGAUUGUGUUUAAAAAUAGAUAACUUAUUUUGAAGUUAUGGUGCCGUGAUUUUACCAGUCUGGCCCACUUGGGAGUAGAUCCCCCCCCCCCCCAUUCUAUAAAGAGUUUGACACCCCUGCCGGGGAAACAAGAGUGUUGGAUAAUGGCAGCAUUGUGUGGACCUGAAGACCUUGGACGGUGGGAUGAGUGCUUCAUUGUGAGCCCCUGAUGGACGUGCUAACAGAUAAGCUCUUGUGUCGUGUUGCUGUGGACACAACUUGCCCACUUUAGGUAUGUCUGCAAGUUGGAAAAAAAAAUGGCUUUUAUAAAGUCAAUAAUACUCAGUUUUAACAGUCGGUUCUUAUAUUUCACUCAAGUGAAGGUUAG